AACCGCUAAUUGAACUAAAGCAUAAAAAUUAAACAAAAUGUUAUUGACUUCAAAUGUUCAAACUACUAAUUUUUGUAAAAUAUCAAUAAACUAUUGAUUAAAAAAAAAAUAAACCAACCCAUGCUCUCUACGUUUUAGUGGUCGUAUUAUGUUCAGAGUUAUUCCAUGUAUUUUCGUCAUAUUUGGCUCUCAAAAUAGUUCCAGGAUGUCAUAGUCAUCGUUCCUGGAGAAGGUUUUAAUCUUCUUCAACCAAUUCUACUAUUUUGAGAAUGGUUUUAGUAUGCUGUGUAAAUUUCGUGUUACUUUUUGGCAUUUGUUUACAAUUAAGCCAAUUAUUUUCACUCACUUUCUCUCAUUCUUGUAAAUUCAAAAGAAUGUUCUUUGGAAUAAUGCGCGUUGUUUUUGUUAACAACUAGUCUUCCGACUCAGUAAAAUUGCGUUUACCGACUGCGCUAAAUAAGAAAAUAAAAACCAAACCGUUUCUUGUGAAAGUCUGAGUUAUAUCAUUCUCGAUCCUUACAUUUUUUCAUUUUCUCUUAUAACGUUCAGCUUAUCAAUUAUUUAGUUCUAAAACUUAUCCAAUCAGUUAUAAUAUUUCAAAAAUUACACCUUCUUUCGGAAUGAGCGUUUGUAAAGGCGCGUCGAUUGCUAACUACAGUGACGUAACCAAACUGAGUAUACAUCAAGUAACAGCUGUCAAAAAUGCCAACUCCGAAAAAAGUAUCGCCCCAUUGAAAAGAGUAUGUCUAAAAAGCAUCCGUUACUUUUCCCCACCUAACAAUAAUUUCCCUAAGUAACAACAGUGCAAACUGUGUACUAAAAGUUUUACAAAUUAGAAUCAUUUUCUUAUGCUUAAAAGUAAUUUUCCCCACCAGCUUCUUAUCAACUUCCUUGCCGUUCAAAAGUAGUCUGGUGAGGUCAUUUCAUGUUAGUAACAAUUGAUUAAUUUAACGAUAGCUUACCUUCUUUUGAUAGAGAAGGAGAUGAUUUGUAAGAAGAGGUUUGAAGGUCUGUGCUGAAAAUUUGUUAUUUUCCUCACAUUCCCCGUUUUUACUUUUUCCUCCCUAUGUGUCCCAUUCUCCCAAAAUCGUUGAGGAUUUUACCAAUGCAGGCGACAUCUGUUUAGUCCCUUUUAGGGAAGUGAUCCCUUGAUAGACAUGACAGUUACGUUACAAAAAUCGCAAUUAUCGGGAAUGUCCUCCAUUCCACAACUCAAUAAAAUCUGGCGCUCAUAUAUAAUUUUAUUACACACUGAAAGUAAAUUGCUAAAUUGGAUUGUUAACACCCUUUUAAACAUGGUCCACAUGCUUCACAACAAAUCACCCAAAAAAAUUUACGGAUCUGGUGGCCACAUACAGACAAACACAAUAAACACAAUAAAGAAGGAGCAGACGUUAAUAGGUUUGCGUUGGGCAUACUUUGCAAAAGCAACCUAUUGAGAUCUCAAGAUAGACGGUAAAUUGAAACCUGUAGGGCAGCAGGAAUCGCGGAAGACCUCAAUAAACCUGGAAACGCUAGAGACCAUAACAAUUAGAGCCAAGGGAACGAAGAAGAGCUCCUAUACAUUGUUUGGUUUGUAAGGCCAAAAGAUGACGUACCAUACAAUUUUAUCUUACCUCUGGUGGGGGACUCAAAUUAAUAGACGUCAUUUGGUGAGAAAGUUUUAAUUCUUGUAUUUUAUAUUCUUUAAUAAUCUUAAUAUGUAGAAUAAUUAAAAAAAUUAAAUAUAGUGCCAAACCCCGACUAAAUGGGUCCCUUUGGUACCAUCGCGCAAAUUUAUUUUUAAACAACAUUUACUUUCUAAAUUGGAUUUUUAGAUUGAAUUUGGAUUAUAGAUGCGAAGAAUAUCUCAAAUUGUACAGUUAUUUUUGAUGAAAUAAUACAAAUGGAAUAUGUUUUACAAAAUAUAAAUUACAGGAGCGACGGGACUGGUUGACGGCAAUCGACUCACUGUCCGUUGAUACUCUGUUCUGUUCGUUCAAUUUAUGUUUUUUUUGUUAAUUUCUUCAUUAUAUGUCGUCAUACAUGUCAGUUUCAGCAUCGCAUUUCAUUUACAUAUAAACGUUAAAAGUUACGUCUGCUUCUUGAGUUCUUACGUCCGUCUGUCGAUCCCACAUUAAUAGAUUACUUUCAAAGCAAACGGAACUUUCUCCUCUAUGUUAUUAAGUUUUAAACCCUUGGGGCAGAGCACGAAACGAUUUUGCAUAUUAGAAAUAUGGAAAACCUCAAAACAUUCUGUAUUAGGUCAUCGCGUGUAUCAAAUGCAGUAUUGUAGUAUAAUUAUUUGAGGGUCACCGAAAUCGAAAAGCGUACUAUAGAUAGAGAGAGAACGAAGUAUUUAUAUUAUAUAUUGCGCAAAUGCAAAGAUAGAGAUAGAGAGAGAGAGCGAUUCGGGAAUUUUUAUUGUUAUCCCUAGCACUUUGUUUUCUGUAUCGUCUGCUCGAAGUUCGCCAGUAUUGCAUACCUGUCGGCGGAUCAAAGAGAAUAACCAGGAAAACUUUCGUGCAAGAAUUUUGAGUGUUCGCUAAAUUAAAAAUAGAAAAGUAAAAUAAGGCAAACACGAGUAAUUAAUUCUUAGUAGCAGCAGAACCACAGGCUGAAUCAUCAUAACGAAACGACGGUCAACGACGAUGUGAGUAACGUCCUCUACACGUUGUGUGCCAUUUUGGCAUACGUUGUUUGGACAAUCAUCACACUCACCAGUUGAAGUGAGCCAGUUUGCAAUUUAAAAAGCCUUGCGACCGAAGCUUUGCAUGAAAAAGAGCCGAACUUUGUGGAUGAAAACACAGGCUUGGAUGACACCAAAAAUAAGCAAGUAGAUUUUGGUGAUUAUCACAUCAUUAAACGCAAAAAUAAAAAAAACAAAAGCAAAAACCAAUCGGACAAUGCGAAGGAAAAUAAUAUUAAACGCCGAAAAAUAAACUGGAUUGACAAAGAAACAAAGUCAAAUGAAAAUGAUGCUGAACUUCUAAAUUUCUUUAUGGGAACUGCCAGUCAUUCCUCGCGAUCAAAAGAGAAGCAAAUCCACGAACAUAAUUGGCGUUUAUGAAUUUCGGUGCCGAAAACAUUGCAGGCCUGUAUGAUAUCCAUUUCAACAAUUAUUUUUAUAUCCCUGAUGAGCCCGAAAUGCCGAAUUCCAAGUUGUUAGACAGAACUAUAAUAACUUUACUGUCGUCCCUCUUAUCAAUAGCGAAGCCAAGGUGGAUGGAAAUUUCCCAGUAAACGGAGUGACGCAUGUCAAUGGGGCAUUGUACUCGACUUUCAAUGAUGCCAAAAUUAAUUAUAAUAAUUUAAAUGUCAUCCCCGUAACGAAUGCCGAUUUCAAUUUCGUUCAAAACAAUCUUAGGAAUUUAAGUACUAUUCCUUUUACAAAUACCGAUUCCGUAUUAGAUCAGGUCAUAGCUAACGAAGUGCCGGAAAGCAAACACGCUACGAAUGUCAAUCCCAAAGUGGUCGAAUUGAAUUACGAUAAUUUAAGUGCUAUCCCUGUUACUGAUAGUGAACCCGUGUUGGAACACUUCUUAGCGAACGAAGCCUCCAAAGGUAAUGGCGUCACGAAAGCCCAUCCCAAAGUCGUCGAAGUGAAUUACAAUAAUAUAUGUAAAUGCUGUCCCUGUGAUGAAUGGUGAAAAAAACGAAGCCUCCAAAAUUAACUGCGCUUCGAACGCCAAUGUCAAAGCCGAUACGUAUAACUUCUUGGUUAAUAGGAAUUUCCCAGAGAAUGAAAUGCCGAAAAGUGAAAGCUCUACAAGCAUCAAUUCCAAAGUCAUCUAUGAGCCAAGCGAUAACUUAACUGUCGCUCUUGAAGCAAAUAACGAAGGAUUGCAUCAUAAGAUGGUAGGGAAUGAAGUGUCUAAAUGUGAUAAAGCUCAAGACGUGAGUUUCAAAAUUACCGAAGAGUCUAAUAAUGGCCGUGUAGUCAUGGACCACUUCACUGCCGUUUCGGAGGACAACAUUACAAACAGAGCUGAAGUGAAUGAGAAUUGCCUGCUUACUAACAAAUCCAACCAUAUGACACUUGACGAGGAGAUUAAUAUGAAUUUGGAUUUCCUGAACGAAACGGAGGAGGAUUUCGUAGUGAAUUUCGAUCAGCUCAUAAACAUGGUUGAAGACUGUUAUGCGAAUACAUCCACUACUUUGGAUACAAAUAAGGAUUCAAAGAAAAAUUGCGACAUGGAAUCGUAUUUAGCCGCGGAUGAAUCCCAUUCAUUUAUCACUUUCUAGAAUAAGCGUAGUUUUCAUUGUUUGUGAUGGUUCUCUAUUUUUAUUGUUGUAUGUAAUAAACUCCAUUAUAUAUUGUACAGAUUUAACGAAAAAUAAAAUAUAUGUUUUUAUUUAAAAGGUUAAACUUAUGUUUGAAUCCGCUAAAAUAGUAAUUGGGCUGAAUUCUCAAAUUAUUGUAAAAAUGUUUAUUGUCGAUCGAACAGCGCAGCAUUGGUAUUUAAAAGAAAUAAGGAAGGGGUAAGUUUACGCGCAACCGAACUUUUUAUGCGUUUGCAAUUU